UUAAUGCUUUUGUAUCUGUUGGCAAUAGUUUUGGGCAGAAACAAGCCAGUUCAAAAAAUGUUAACAUUCUUAUCUUCAAAGGAAUAAGAUGGCCCCACAUUCCCCUUAAUACAGAAAUACAGUCAAACCUCGUUAUCUCGAACUAGAUGGGACUGGUUAAAAACCUCGAGAUAUCCGAGUAUUCGAGAUAUCAAGGUAAAUCACUUAAAAUUUAAUUGGUUGGGACUUAAAAAUUACUUCGACAUAUCCAUUGUAUUCAAGAUAUUGGUGUUCGAGAUACCGAAGUUUAACUGUAUAUACAGUAUACACAUACAAGUCAUGCACUGAGAAGUUGGGUUUGCAUAAUCAGAUUAAUAAAGUACAGGUAAAUAAGAGUUUUACAAUUUAUUUCCCAAAUAAUAUGUAGGUAACAGCUAUACCUUUGUAGCCAUUUAAAGCAAUUCUGCAAAAUAAUGUAUUGCUGUUAUCCUUUUCAUUGCGAAAACAUUGAAAAAAAGCACCCCAAAUCAGUAUUCAACAUUCAAAUAUGACUCUCGGGUCAAUUUUAAAGCCAGAUCAAUAUUCUUUGUUCCAUCCUAUUCUGGCAAAAUAAGAUUUUUAAAAAAUUACUCUCUAUUCCUCUGUAAAAGUUUAACCAAGGAAUAAUGAAAUUUGCAAUUAAGAAAAAUUAAUAUUGAUGUGAGAUCUUGACAACCUUUCAACUGAAAAUGAUUAGUGGAAAAGUUGGGCUAAAAUUAGUGCUCCUGGUAGAGUCUGAAGUUAACCCUAUACCUAGGUACAAACAUUAUACCAGUAUACUAAAUGUUACCGGUAAUUAUGAAAGCUUGUAUCAGCUUACAUAGUAUAUUACACAUGUGCAAUAUCAAUUUUCUUCCUCAGGCAACAGACAUUUUAAAGAUGAUUUACAUCCAAUUUCAAAAAGAAAAAGAAGGCCAUGUGAGAAAUAUUGACGACCCCAUGAAGAGAUUAUCUUCAGCAACAGGUAACAGAAAUAAAUUUGCAUAAAAUGGCUACAUUUAUAGCUAUGGGAAAAUAGUGUGUUGAAAAUCAGACUUUCAUUAUUUUUUAAUCAUGGUACAAAAUGUAUCAAGUGAUAUAUUUCAAUACUGGUAUUUCUGUCAUACCGUAAUGUUAAAUUUGAAUAUUCUGGGUGGGUGUAAACACAAAAUUUACAACAUGACAACUGUUGAAAUUACUGUGUUUUACCUUAAGUGAUUGUAAAAUCAGCAUUUACAUAUUGGUUGACAAUACUCACCAGAACAAUACUGUUACCAGUAUGUUCUGGUGAGUAUUUUGCUGCAUGUUGUAAUAUAUAGCUUAUUACAAAGCUCAUCGAGACGAGGCAUCAGCUUUAUGAGACCACCUAUAUCAUAUUAUAUGAAAAUCAUAGUUAAUCUUGGAUAUCAGAAACGGUAGUAUGGUUUGAUACAAUAUUGAAAAUCGUAUGAUACAUUAUCAUGGGAUACAAUAAUAUAUUAUGUAAUACAAUAUCAUAUUAUACAAUAAUAUCUCAUAUGAUACAAUAUACAAGUAAUACAUUAUAAUAUUAUAUAAUACAAUAUAAAAACAUAUAAUAUCCAAGUCUUACAAGUCCCUAAGUAGUAGCAUCCGUGCAAGUUUGGGGAAGAUACAUGUAGUAAUAACUUAGAUACAGGACCUAGUGCACCAGAAACUUGAACUAGGUCUGGACGCUGACGCCAACGCCGGGGUAUAGCAUAAGCUCCCCCAGACUUUGCCUCGGUGAGCUAAAUACACUUGCCCAUGAUAUUAUUUGAAAACUGUUUCUAUAGAUGAUUUUUGAAGGAUAGUGCACAACAAUAGACAAAAAUCAACAUCAAAAAAUAACAUGUGAGGCUGAGUGACUCAGGUACAUGUAGCUUAAUAAAUACAAAUGGGUAGUAGAAUAUUUUUUAACAUCAUUAGGGAUAAGUGUUAAAACACUGAAAAAGAAGGUUGUUGUCGACCCUGUGGAGAUGAUGGUGGAGGAUCUUCAGGCAGCUCCUACUGUCCCUGUUCCUAAGAAGAAACGUGGUCCCUGUAGAAAGCUUGAUGACUUCGAUGCAGAUUUUGUGAAGAGGACCAUUCAUGAUAUGCAGUUGAAGGGCCAGUACGUUUCACUUCGUCGACUGUCAGAUGUACUAGUAGAAAAGGGAGUCAGGAUCACCAAGUCUCCAUUGGGGAGACUUGUGAAGGAUCUUGGGUUCAGAUUCUACAAAACUCGUUCCAACCAACGCUACAUUGGAGACAGGAACGAUAUCGUAAGUAUGCGACAUACUUACCUGAGGUCCAUUAGGAAGUUUAGAGAGGAGGGUCGUCCUAUUGUGUAUUUGGAUGAGACUUGGUUGAACACCAAUCAUGUAGCGAGGGGAGAUUGGGUGGACUGUCCUAGGACAUCUACCUCUGCCUUUGAGUCGCAUCGUGGAGGUCAUGGGCGUUUUGUCCCAUCUGGGAAAGGCUCUCGUCUGAUAAUUGUGGAUGCAGGUUCUUCGGCUGUGGGUAUGAUCCCGGGAUCUGCUCUCAUUUUUGAGUCGAAAACAGGCAACCAGGAUUAUCAUGACGAGAUGAACUCAGAAAACUUCACGAAGUGGUUCACAGAGCAGUUGCUCCCUAACCUACCGACCAAUUCAGUCGUAGUGAUGGAAAAUGCUUCCUAUCACAGUCAUCUGGAUCCUGAGUCUAAGUGUCCGACUUCGUCGGCAUCGAAGGCCGAGAUCCAGUCUUGGCUUGAUAGAAAGGGUAUUCAUUACACUCCGGGAAUGAUCAAGGCUGAAUUGAUCACAUUGGUGAAGCAACAUAAGCCUCGUCCUAAAUAUGUAAUAGACGAUUUGGCUUCGAGGGCAGGUCACACAGUUUUGCGUCUACCUCCCUAUCACUGUGAGCUUAAUCCUAUUGAGUUGGUCUGGGCUGAAUUAAAAAGUUUCGUCGCCAGGAGCAAUGUCACAUUUAAGAAAGAGAAAGUGAAGGAACUCUUUAAUCAGGCUAGAUCAACUUAUGGGGUUGAGAAGUGGCGUAACGUGGAGAGUCACGUGAUAAGACAGGUCGAAGAAAAACUGUGGAAACUCGACGGAGUCCAGGAUGAGGAGGUUGCUCCUGUGGUCAUAGACUUGACGGACUCGGAAGACAGUGACAGUGACAUGGACACAGAUUCUGGUGAUGACGAAAAUGACUCUGACGAAUCCAUGGGCUUCGUUGAGGAGUCUGACGACGAAGUCACUUGUUGCAGAUGUGGUGAUUACAAUGCUCCUGGAAAGUCUCGAAAGAUUGUAUGGGUUGAGUGUGAAGUGUGUAAGAGGUGGAGUCACCGCAUAUGUAGCAAGCCCUCUCUAAAGUCAGGUAAGUGUGUCCAAUGUUGGAACGCUUUGUAUGGUCUGAAUCCAGCUCCUUCAUGAGUAUUCCCAUGGUGUCUGGAGAACGGCU